UGCAGUUCCACAACACACAACCACACUCACCCCCAGACGAGAGACACGGACGGAGAGGCGCCCCACUAUCUGCCCCUUCUAUGUGCCCCCCUCCCACCUCUAGCCCCCCAGAACCACGGCCUCCACUCCCACCGAAGGAGCCGAAAGGAAGAGGGAAGAGAGAGCCAGACAGAAGGGGAUCUCUGGACCAGGCUUCAAGAUAUACGAGGCCCCGAAGGAAAUUUGCGGGCAAAGUUGAAGACGGACAUGUGAGAUCCAAGUUGAAUCACUGUCGGUGACCCCCAUUUCCAUCCGGUUCUCGUCUGGGGGGGCCCUGGCCGAGCAGCCCCCCCACAUUUCUCUUGCCCUGAAACACGGCUCUAGCCAACCUGCUCCGCUGCUUCACCUGCGAUCGUCUGUGUGGGGGCUGCACGGCGCCAGCGCCCCCGGCCCGCCAGGGCAUCGCCCUCCAGCCCGUCAUGCCCAGCUGCGACCCGGGCCCGGGCCCGGCCUGCCUCCCCGCCAAGACCUUCCACAGCUAUCUGCCCCGGUGCCACCGCACGUACAGCUGUGUCCACUGCCGGGCACACCUGGCCAAGCACGAUGACCUCAUCUCCAAGUCUUUCCAGGGGAGUCAUGGCCGGGCCUACCUGUUUAAUUCCGUGGUCAACGUGGGCUGCGGGCCGGCUGAACAGCGCCUUCUGCUCACUGGGCUCCAUUCUGUGUCCGACAUCUUCUGUGAAAGCUGCAAGACCACCCUGGGUUGGAAAUAUGAACAGGCCUUUGAGACCAGCCAGAAGUACAAGGAGGGGAAGUACAUCAUUGAAAUGUCACACAUGGUGAAGGACAACGGCUGGGACUGAGGAGCUCACGGCGGCUGCCCCUUCGCAUGCCCCGCUGCCCUUUCUUCCCCACCAGCCCCUGCCCUGCUGCCCAUCCCAGCGCGAGCUCCGUCCCCCCCAUCGCCCCCCACCCCGGGGGCCGCCCGGCUCUGCCGAACCCCUUCCCCUCCUCACUCUCCCAGGCCCCUUUCGACUUGGGAGUCUGGGCUGAGCCGGGGUGCCUUGAGCUGGGUGGUGAUUAAGGGGCGGGAAUUUGGGAGGGAAAAAGCGGGGGCUGGGGAGGAGAUUCCGGAUGCAGGAUCUCAGCUUUGGCUUUCGGGGGGGGCUCCCCAGCUAAACGGUCAAGGGGCCCGGACCCUCCCCCACCCCCUGUCUCCACCCUGGGAAGGAGGAGAGAAUUUGGGAAAUCCUUAUGACGGAUGGGGCAGGCAGAGAAUAUAAUAAUGAUAAUGAUGGCAUUUAUUAAGCGCUUGCUAUGUGCCAAGCACUGUUCUAAGCGCUG